AGUUUCGAUAAGCUACCGCGGUUUGCUUCUACGAUCUACAUGAUGGAUAUCGAGAUGGAUACAGAUGUCAGCGAAGGCUGGAGUGUUGUCUCUCACAGAGACAAGCAGAAGGGCUGCAACAAUGUGAGCACUGAGGAGGAGAUGGACUCUCAUAAGAAUGAUAAGAGUGAUCAGUGUCUGAUUGGAUCGUUUGUGUACCAAACUCAACCAUCCUCAAGUGUAGUCUCGCGGACCAGACCGCUGGCUUGCGAGACUACUUCAAGUGACAGGGACCUUAUCGGAACCCCCUUCUUUAUCAGUCAGCACAGUGACGCUGAAGUUGGUGUUGCUAGUGGUCAUGCUCAGAAGGAAGGGAGAGGGGUCCUCAGGUUGACACCUCAACUAAAGAUGGAGACUCAGAAGGAAGGGAGAGGAGUUCUCAGGUUGACACCUCAACAAAAGAUAGAAAUGGAAAACCACAGAGUGCCUGAUUUCUCACUGGACUCCCCUAGCGACUGGCCAGGUUUCCCGGAAACCAUCACACGAACUGUUAGUGACCAACGAAGUGAUGGAAAGUCUUGGAGUAAAGUGUUGAAGGCACCUGCCCCCGCGAAGAAACCCACCGUUGUUGAGACGGUUCAGAGUGGCGACAGUGGGAGUGAGGAGGAGGCUCCAACAAAGAAGAAGAAGAAGAAAAAGAAGGCACAGGAGGGACUCAUCACUGACAAACGGCCAUUGAUGCUGGAGUUGGGAGCACUGUUUGAUGGACUACAGGUGAAGUCAUCUGGCCGUAAAAAGGUGGUGUUCUCAACAGGGAGUGGGCUAGCAGUCAGCAAACCGACGCCCACUUUACACUCUCAACCUGCACCAGCUGACGACGCUAAGGUGGUUCCUCGAGGGGGCAAUAUGUUGGACUCUACUGCCCCCCAGUUAAGACGGGGCAAGGAGAGGGAACAACCAAAGAAACGAAAGCCUACCCCCCUUAGGAAAAUUAUCAACAAAGAAAAGGAGAAACGAAAAACAAACCCUACGAUAGAGGCAACAAAUGAGGAGAGCAAAGAUGACAGUGUGGACACAGCAAAGGACGAAAGUGAGGUCCAUGAUACGGAGGCAACAAAGAAGGACACAGAAGAAGUGGACACAGAGGAAGUGGUACCACCCCCACGGAAACCAGGACAUAACAGACGAUUUAGAGACUACUGCACACAUGUGCUGACGGAGGAGAUCAAUGAGUGUGCUGCCAUGCUGCUCUCUGAGUUGCUACGGUUUCAAGAUCGGCAGUUCCUCAAGGACCCCAUUAAGGCCAAGAUGAAGAAAAGGUAUGUGUGUGGGAUGCGUGAAGUGUUGAAACACGUCAAGUCUCGGAGGGUCAAGUGUUUGAUAGUGGCUCCUAAUAUGGAGAGGAUUCAUUCAGAAGGUGGUAUUGACGAUGUGAUUGCUCAGAUCUUGAGUCUAGCGGAGGAGCAGUCUCUACCUACUAUAUUUGCAUUGUCACGACGACGACUGGCUGUCACUCUCAAGAAAAGCCAUAAAGUUGGAUGCGUGGGCGUGUUCAGAUACGAGGGGGCUGAGAGUCACUACAAACGGUUAUUGGAACUCGUCGAAAAUGCUCGAGAACAAUACAAGAUCAAAGAGGCUGAUCUCCUAACAGCGAGCCACCCUCCCCUCCCUGAAGCCAGUCCUGGCAGAGAGCUUGACUCGACUACUGAUGCCCUCAAGGGAAGUCCGUGGGGUGUAUUCUACAACAACACAGCCCAACAAACUGUCCCUAUAUCUUCAAACACUGUUCCAGUCACUAGCUCAUUACCUGACUUUCCUACUGCAUACCCUCACCACUCUGAUCAUGUGACUAGUAGUGAAGGUCAUGAGACUACCCCUUUCAAUGUCCUCGCUAAAGAAUUUGUACCAUUAUUUAAUGUUCAUGCUCCUGAAUUCUGUCCUGAAAUGUGAUUAUUAUUUUUGUAAUUUGUCUACUUAAUUAAUUUGCUCAUUAUGAAUUUCA